AUGGCGCCGUGGCUUCCGCGGGAGGGCGAGUCUGUGGAGAGUUUUCUUGUCGCCACCGCGCGAUGGUAUCCCGGAACCGUGGUGACAGUUCUUGAGCGUGACGGCGACGAACCCGGACUGGUGGUGGCUAUCGAGUCCGUGCCCAACUUUAACGAUGGCAAGCCUUUUGAGAUCGAGUGUGAGCUCAUCGAUGUCCGCCCGCUCUCCGACGCGCUGGCCAAGGCCUGGCCCAAGCUCCACUCGUCGGUCGAGGCGUACAUGGACGAUGCAUGGUGGCCAGCACGGGUCUUUGGCUUUGUCGACGCCCGCCGCGUUGCAGUCAUUUUCGACGGCUAUCCAGACGAGGACCACGUGUACUCGGUUGAGGAGUUACGGAGGCCGGAGCCAAGUGCCAAGGGCAAGGGUAAGGGCAAGGGCAAGGACAGGAAGGAGCCAGGAUCGAUGUCGUCGAUUGCAGAAGAUGAUGUUGCUGACGUGAUUGGUGUCGGUCAGGCCGAGGACGAUUGUGAGGUUGGGACCAGGACCGAGGCAAUGAUCGAUGCCCAAGUCGAUGCCGACGUUGACGUCGACGUUGAUGGCGAGGACAAGGAUGGCGGCAUGGCCGAGGCCGAGAUUGAGACAGGCGAGGUUGAGAGCGCAGAGGCACUGGUUGCGGCUCUUGGUCUGGCACUGGACGACAAGCUCGCAGAGAGGAGCUCAGACGAGGCCAGCAAUGAGCACACUGAAGACGUGUUCAGCCGCAUGGCGUCGCCACGGAGCGAAGCUGGAUCCGCUGAUUGUCCAACUGGAGAGGGAGCAGAUGGCUGGCAGAAGGCCGAGGCCGGGGGUCUUAUUGGGUUCGAGGCCGAGGUUGAAGCCGAGGGAGAGGGCAAGGGCGAGGACGAGGACGAGGACGAGACCGAGAGCGGAUUCGACGCCACUAUUGAUGCCGAGGUCGAGUGGCCAGCUGUUGCCGAUGCCGUAGACGUCCAGAUUGAUGGCAAGUGGGUGGGCGGAGUGGUGGUCGAGUCGGACCGCGAUGAUGGGCGAGUGCUUGUUUCGGUCGGCGAUGGCGAGGGCGAGGACGAGGACAGGGCGGUCAAGGUCGAGCGAGACGCUUUGCGGCGGCCGCGCAAGAGCCGCCUGGCUUGGCCGCAGCCGGGCGACGUGGCCGAGGUGCAGACCGAGCCAGGACAGUGGGUGUCUGCGGCCGUGGAGCAACGGAAAGACGCUGAGGGCGGGGCACGGGUGUGGGUGAAGUUCGAGGAUGGGAGCGGCGAGGGCGUGUUUGGCAUGGACGACGUGCGCGUGCCGAUGAACGUAUGGCCGGCGCCUGGCGGACGGGUUGAGUGCUACUUUAACGGCGACUGGUACCCGCGACGGUGCAGCAGGUCAAGAUGGCAGCGAGCGGGAACCGUGUGGUAG